AUGUGUGCUAAUGAGGCUGCAGUGAUGGGCACUGAUAGGCUGCACUGAUGGGCACUGGUAGGUGGCACUGAUGUGCAUUGACAGGCAUCACUGGGGCGGACUGACAACUCAUGGGGCCCCCGGGCAAUAGGGGAUCAUGGGGCCCCUGUGUCCUUGCCAAAACUCAAAAAAAGCCUAUGAAAAAGGUACCAGGGACAUCUCAUGGGGCUCCCUACUGAUCCCAGGCCCUCGGGCAGUGCCCGAGUUUCCAAAUGGUCAGUCUGCCCCU